CUUCCGUGGCCCCGGAUCGACAUUAUGCUCUAAAUCUGUUUUUCAUUAUUCAUGUUAUAGGAUUUCAUUUUAAGUUCCUUGCCAUGGAGGUUCCCUGGCUAUGGCCCUGGCCCGGCCCGCCGUCCAAGGUUAAUCCAGAGGGUCUUGACUAAAUAGGACCACUCCAGAUAUUGAAUAUGAGGUGGCCAAUCCUCAGAGCUGUCCUUUUUCUUUAAAAUGCUCAUUGCCCUUGGUGAGCAACAUCUGCACACACCGGAGAAUGGCCGCCUUAUACGCGCUUCGACUGACCUAAUUAGUGUCCUGCUCACCACCGACGGACUACAACGGCUCUCAGAGCUUUCCAUGCAGGAGGGCAUCUGCGAACAUGUACAAAUCCUUAUGGUUGUCCCGGAGCUGUUUAAUGGUCACUAUAACGCCCCCUACUCGGAUUUUCGGCGGUGGGAUUGUAUCCAAGGGGCUUUGUGGAGAUCCCGGAAGGAGCAGGACUCUGAACAAGUCGAUGGCAAGGCAUAUUAUGCCGGCUACAAGGCUGCCAUGGCGGACCAUCAACAUGCGCUGACCUCGCCGACUUCCAUCAUCCUUCUCCAAGAAUGUAUCAGGCGGUUUGUCAACUUAUCUUCCGUCAGCUUAGAAUAUUGCCCUGCCAAAACGACUGGUGACAUCAUCUGUCUAGGCUGGCGUAGACUCAGAGCACAGUUGGGUUUUCAUCCCGACUUCAAGAGGGAGCGCUUCUCGCACAAACGGGUCGCCAGGGAACAUGAUCUGGCUUUCACUCUUCUUGCAAAGGCUCUAAUCGCCAGUGGUCGAAAGGUGAAGAGGCUGUCGACCUGUGGUCCACACUGCUAUGGGGUGGGACUUGGCAGGUUGUAUUUGACCCCCGAAGAAUGGGCAUCUUUUCUUUCCUACUUACAGGGAUUGUCGCGUUUACACCUGUGUCAUGAGAGCUCAGCCAUUUCUUCCCACCGACAACGUCAGUGUGAUUUCUUGGCGGCGGUUGCCCCAAGUCUCGAAACACUACGCUACCAAAUCGGACCCUACAAUUCGUCAAUCUGCCGGGAACCUCGCCGUGUUCCUGGGCUUUUUCAAGGACUACCGUUUCAGCGCCUGCGAGUUGUGCGUCUGCGGUUCAUUGAACUCCCGAUCGACAGCCUAAAACAAUUCCUUCGUGCAGUAUCACCCACUUUGCAAAUCCUUACUCUGAAGGCAAUCAGCCUGGCUGAGCCUGAUCAUCCGUCCGAUUCUCUGCCUCAAGACAUGGAGGAGGAGACCAAGCGCCAUUGGUGGCGUCUUUUGGAGUUCAUCCGCGACGAGCUUAACCAGCGAUUCUUUUUAAUACGAAAGGCGAUACGAAUUGGUCUUUCGUUCCAAGACUGGAUGAAUCAGCUACGUCUGAAGUAGUUGCCAGGACGUUGGCCAGAAUAGCAG